AUGGAUCAAGACUUUUGCGAUUUUACCCUAGAAGAUCUAGAUAAUAUCGUAAACUCUCAAAAUCUGCCUGGAGAAGCAAUUUGUCCAUAUUUCCUUCAAGGCCGAUGCAUGUAUGGCAAUAAAUGCUGGUUUAGGCACCCCUCUAAUGAUCAAGAAAUCCCAGGCGAUGCAAAUUGUGCAAUAUGUUUAGAAAAAGUUAAACAAAAUAACAGACAAUUUGGACUUCUAUUGGGAUGUGCACAUAUAUUUUGUUUAAACUGUAUUAGAUCAUGGAGAGGGCAAAUCAAUGUCCCAAAAGAAGUAUCAAGGUCAUGCCCGAUUUGCCGAGUUCCAAGCUUUUAUAUUUUACCUAGUACGGAUUUAGUAAUGAGAUAUGAAGACAAGCUACAUCUUGCUGAAAGCUAUAAGAAGAAACUAUCGUCUAUCCCUUGUCAGCAUUUUAAUUUUGGAGAUGGAGAAUGCCCUUUUGGAGGAUCAUGCUUUUAUGAUCAUAGAUAUCGAAAUGGACAAAAAUGGACACCUGGCCCACCUCAGUUUGCGUGUGACGAAUUCGGAGUAUGGCAAGUAUCAAAAAAGCCCAAAUUAAGCGAAUUUUUGCCUUUCAACUAA